AUGAAUCAUGAAGACGAUCAAAUCGACGAUAUUUAUGGACUAUUGCAUGAAAGAUUUAGAUAUGUUGUACAAGAAGAAAAUGAAGUAAAUGUAAGCCUCAAUGAAGAUGCAAAAAAGUUCUAUAAUCUAGUCGAAGAAGCCAAACAAGAUUUGUAUCCGGGUUGUAAAAACUUCUCUAAAUUAUCGUUCACCAUCCGUCUUUAUUUAUUGAAAUGUCUUUAUGGUUGGAGCAACAUAUCAUUCAAUGCUCUCUUAGAGUUGUUGAGAGAAGCUAUGCCUUCAUUGAACAUCCCUGAUACGUUCAGCAAAACCAAAGGUAUGAUAAGGGACUUAGGGUUGGAUUAUAAGAAGAUCGAUGCUUGCUCUAAUGAUUGCAUGAUAUAUUGGAAAAAUCAUGAGAAUGAUACUUCUUGCCAUGUUUGUGGUGCUCUACGAUGGAAUGAAGAUGUAAAAGGAGAUGAUAAAGUUGAAAAAAGUCAUAAGUCUCAUAAAGUUCCUUUGAAAGUUUUGAGGCACUUUCCCUUGAUUCCAAGACUUCAAAGACUGUUUAUGUGUUCAAAGACUGCUAGCUCAUUAAGGUGGCAUGAUGAAGAACGUUCGAAAGAUGGGAAGUUGAGGCAUCCUGCAGACGGAGAAGCAUGGAAAGAAUUUGAUAAAUGUCAUUCUGAAUUUACUGAUGAGCCGCGUAAUAUAAGACUUGGGUUGGCCAGUGACGAAUUUAAUCCAUUUAGAACCAUGAAUUUGUCUCAUAGUACUUGGCCUGUGGUAUUAAUACCAUAUAACUUUCCACCUUGGUUGUGCAUGAAGGCUGAGUAUUCUAUGUUGUCUUUAUUAAUCCCUGGACCAUGUUCACAUGGGAAUAACAUUGAUGUGUACCUUCAACCAUUGAUAGAAGAAUUGAAAAUGUUAUGGGAUUUGGGUGUAGAAACAUAUGAUGCACCACUAAAUCAAACUUUCCAAAUGCGGGCAUCUCUCUUAUGGACUAUUAGUGACUUUCCUGGGUAUGCUAUGUUGAGUGGGUGGAGUACAAAAGGGAAACUAGCAUGUCCUUGUUGUAAUUAUAACACUAAUUCAAUAUAUUUGAAUAAUAGUAAAAAAAUGUGUUAUAUGGAUCAUCGUGUUUUUUUGCCCGAGGAUCAUAAAUAUAGGUCAAAUGUUAGGAAUUUCAAUGGGAGCAUAGAAGAUAGGCCACCACCAGAGUUGUUAACUUGGGAACAAAUCUCAAAUAAACUAAAGGACGUCAACAAUGAUUUUGGAAGGUUGCAAAAGAAAAGAAAGACAAAAGAUCAUAAAAAUGCACGUUUAGACUUGAAAGAGAUGGGUAUUAAAAAGAAACUUCACCCCAAAGAGGUAGAUCAAGGAAAAAAGUCAGUGUUUGCAAAAGCAUGCUUUUCCAUGACUGCAAAGGAGAAAACUACUUUUUGUUAUGUAUUGAAAAAUGCAAAAAUACCAGAUGGUUGUGCUUCAAACAUUUCAAGGUGUGUUCAACUUACUGAAAAGAAAGUUAGCGGAUACAAGAGCCAUGAUGCACAUUUCAUGUUGCAUUACUUGCUUCAAGUGGCUGUGAGAAGUACAAUGCCAAACCAGAAGGUGAUUGAGGUGGAAGAUUUAGAUAUCUUGCAAUCUGAGAUUGUAGAGACACUUUUCCAAUUCGAGACAAUUUUCCCCCCGAGUUUCUUUGAUAUAAUGGUUCAUUUGUCAAUACAUUUAGUGAAUGAGGUGAGAAUGGGAGGACCUGUUUAA